CGUGGCCGGAAGUGGUGGUGAGGCCGGAAGUGGUGGUGAAGCCGGAAGUGGUGGUGAGGCCAUGCUGCGGCAGGGCAGCAGUGAUGACAUUGAGGAUGUCUCUCUCUUUGACGCCGAUGAUGAAGUAUCCAGGAGAUCAAAAAAGUCAAAAAUAAGGCAUCCAGUGGCAUCAUUUUUCCACCUGUUCUUCCGAGUCAGUGCGAUAGUUGUCUAUCUGCUCUGUGAGCUCUUAACUAGCAGCUUUAUUGCCUGCAUGGUGACAAUCAUCCUUCUCUUGUCGUGUGACUUUUGGGCCGUAAAGAACGUCACAGGGCGGCUGAUGGUUGGCCUCCGCUGGUGGAAUCAGGUGGAUGAUGAUGGUAGAAGUCACUGGAAAUUUGAAUCUAGAAAGGUAUCAGCACAAGGGCAUAAAACCUCCUCAGAAUCAGAGUCCCGAAUUUUCUGGCUAGGUCUGAUUACCUGCCCUAUCAUCUGGGUGAUAUUUGCUUUCAGUGCUCUGUUUUCUUUCAAAGUGAAAUGGCUGGCAGUAGUUAUGAUGGGAGUGGUUCUGCAGGGAGCCAACCUUUAUGGAUACAUCAGGUGCAAAGUUGGCAGUAGGAAGAACUUGACAAGCAUGGCAACCAGCUACCUUGGAAAGCAGUUCUUGCGGCAGACUGUGGCUAAAGAGGACCAGACAGCAUCCUGAGCACGGUAGAAGCCUCAAGCUGGAUUGGAUUCACAGUAGUGAAGCACAGAGAACAUUGGUCUGACCGUGAGAUUUGGGAGCUGCUUAAAUGAGGUGUGAAUUAAAAGAAGUAAAUACAUUGUGCAAGACUUCCAGUUAACACUCCUAGCAGUUAAUACUCAGUUUUCCACUAGCAGUUUGUGUUUAAGUCCUUUCUUAAUUUGAUUAAUUAGAAUUAUAUUGCCUGAACUUUGAAUCAGAAGACAUCCUAAGUAGUGCUCUGAUGCAGGUUUAUACUCACUGGAUACGUUAAGAGAAAAAUGCCAGGUAACCUUCUAAAAACCAUGCUCACACAGGACCUUCUGUUCUCCAAGAACCAUCCCCACCUCCUCCAGCAGUUGGUACCUCAGGUAGUUUUUGGUUGUGGGCUUAGCUGUGUUUUGUUCCUGGAGGUCUGUUACGAAGUUUAGAUAGCUCUCUGUUGGCUCUGCGUCUCUCAUUCUGUGAUUUGAAUGGCACUGAGGUUGUUGCAGUGAAGGAAAUCCAAAGGAAGUGUUGCUGUUGGCUGUAGGAGGAUUUCUGAAGUCAAGUGGAAACUGCAGCAAGUGGCUACUGAGCAGCUCCAGACUUAUUUUUCUUAAGUGUUGUUGGAGGUCUCAGUAACAUUUAACCAGGACUUUGAUUAAAUCUGAGUUUAUGGAGAACCCCUGUUUUUCCUGCAGGCCUGUGUACGAAGAGCACAACUGGACUAAAAGUAGGUUGCAAGGAAAGCUGUACACGGUUUCAGAGGUGGAGGGAGUGUGAGAGCAGGUGAUGGGCAGAGCUGUUAAAAUGAUGCCACCUGGUGUGAGUUGGUGCACAGGGCAGCAGGGAACGUCACUGCUGGGGUACAGGACAGGAGGUUACACAAGCAGAACUUCCUUCCACUCAGUUAUUCACCUAUGCAGUGGAUUUGGAGGUAACCAUUAAAACAAGAGCUGAGGCUGAGUUCAGGCUGCUUUCUACUGUUCCAUGACCAAAAGGUGUUUCACAUAAUCUUAAUGGAGUUGCCUGAAGACCUGGCAUCAGCAUGCUGACUUUGCAAGACAUUUGCAUGUCUUGAAUCCGUGCAGCACACUGUGUUCCCCUAGGAAUCUAUGGGCUGGGGGGAAAAAAAAACCCAUUUGUAUGACGGUGAAAUGUUGGCUUGCAGUGUUCACCUCAGUGGCAGAAAUUGUGUGUUCUGUGUGCAAAGCUGUACGAAAGGGCUCAGCUCCUUCUUGUCACGUCGUGCUGCUCAAGGCAGGUUGUGCUUUCACAGCGGGAGGUAUUGUAAACUUCUGAAGAGGUAUUUUAAAUUAAGAAUGUGGUUUCCUUUUGAAUAAUGGGUAUUGUAAAUUGUGGGAUUGCGUUAACAUUGUAUGUCUCCCUGGACCGUAGCAAUACUUGGGAGCUGUACAUUUGUUUAACUCUUUGGAUCGAUACCUUUCUUUUGUAAAUAUAUAUUUAUAAAAUCUUGAGAUUAAAAUAAUGCUUUGUUUAAACCAGA